GACUCAUGACAACUUCCUGUGUUGGGUAGCCCUGAGUUCGCUGUCUAGCUAGGAAGCUAAUAAUACCCUUACCCUUUUAUAAUUCUUUACUCUUAAAAUAUUUUUUAUUUUUGUUAAGAGUAGAUGUUAAAGUAAAGUUUUAAAUUAAACAAUGUCCGACAGUCCAGAUUUGCCACCAAGCGAUGAACAAAAUGUAGAGAUUCAGGGCUCUAUUACCAACUAUUCAAUUGUGGUGAUAGGGGAACACGAGAAAAACAUGAUUAAUGACUGUCAAUACUAUUGCGAAAUGUGCCACCAGCGCUUUACAGACCAGUGUGAGGUUCAUGGUCCACCGUUAUUUACAUACGACUCACCAGCGACUAAGGGGAUUCCUCAGAGGGCUCUCUUAACGCUCCCUAAAGGUUUGGUUAUAGGUAGAUCAAGCAGGCCUGAUGCAGGACUUGGAGUUUUCAACCAAGGCCAGACGGUGCCUUUGGGCAUGCAUUUUGGACCUUUCGAUGGCGAGGUGACCAGUGAGGAAAAGGCAUUAGAUAGUUCCUACUCUUGGGUAAUUUGCAAAGGCAGUGAUCAAUAUAGUUACAUAGAUGCAGAGAGAGACACUCACUCCAACUGGAUGAAGUAUGUGGUGUGCUCGAGAAGUGAGGUGGAGCAGAAUCUUGUUGCAUUUCAGCAAAACGGACGUAUUCUGUUCCGCUGCUGUCGACCUAUUACUCCUGGCCAAGAAUUUCGUGUAUGGUAUUCUGAAGAAUAUGCUGACGGACUUGGCGUUACCUGGGAUAAGAUCUGGGACAAGAAGUGUAACCCCCUUGGUAAAAAUGAAGAGCAGGCCCCUCAAGACCGCCUAUGUCCUCAUUGCUGUUGCUCCUUUCCUACCUCCUUUUAUCUGCAACUUCACGUGAAACGUUCGCAUCCAGAUCAGUACGAUCUAUUUUUAGAGACAAAUGCGUCUAUAGACCUUUCAUCAGUCAUAGACGAAGACCAGUGCCUCCUGGCUUCUGAUGCACUUCCUCCAACCCAGGUGCAGCCAAACACAGAUAACGGUUUGGGUCCAAUUUCAACCCCAAACGAACAAGCCGUCCACCACCCAGAAAAGUCGGACAGCACAGAUUUGUCCAAUAUAUGCAGUAGUAAUGCUGUGAACGAUGCUGCCAACAGUGUGCCGGAGGACAGCGGAGCAAAUAAAUGUGGCGAGUGUGGGCGAACAUUUUUGAGAGCUUGUCAUCUAAAGAGACACCAGCGCACAAUUCACUUCAAAGAAAAGCCUUACUGCUGCAGCCGUUGUAGGAAGUGCUUUAGUCAGGCGACAGGGCUGAAGAGACACCAACAGACCCACAAGAACGAGGAGGUAAAAGAGACGGAUCCGGAAAGAGCGUCUGCUAUUUUCCCUUGCACCAAGUGUUCAUUUUCUUUUGUGGCCAAAUUUAAUUUAAUUCAACAUCUUAAGCGGCACCACCACGGAGAGUACCUCAAAUUAGUUGCAAAUGGCUCACUCACACCAGAGGUUACAAAAGCAGAUUUUGACAAGCAUGACCCACCCUAUGAACCUCCUGCUAGCAAGUCUGCCAAGAACCGCGUGAGGCGCAAAAUCCGCCCUAAAAAAGUGCCUACAGGCCGACCGCGUGGACGACCGCCGAAAAACAAGCUUCAAGUCACAGUCGUGGCACAUUCGAGUUCACCAGUCUGCGUUGAAUGCAAGCAAAGCUUUUCUGAUUCUGAGACACUAAAAACUCACCAAUGCCCUGGAAAAGCUAAUGGAGAAGUAGAGGAAUCGCAAGAAUCGCCAACUUUCCAGCAUGUCUGCGGCGAAUGCAGAGGAGUUUUUGGUAACAUGGAGCUUCUAAAAGCCCAUGAGUGUAUUCAGCAGGGAGACGGGCCUCACGGCUGCCUCAGCUGUAACCUUUAUUUUAGCCGCAUGUGUAACCUUCAACGCCACGAGAGCACCGUCCACUCUAAGGAGAAGCCCUACUGCUGCGCAGUGUGCCUUAAGUCUUUCACCCAAUCAUCUGGCUUGAAGCGUCACCAGCAGAGACACUCGGGCCGCAGUGCUCACCGCCAGAUCUCGGCAUCGGUCAACGCCUCCAUCUUUUCGUGUACGUACUGCGCUUUCUCCUUCACGGCAGAGCGCUAUCUUCACAAGCACAUCCGGCGACACCACCCCGAGAUGAGCAUGAAAUAUCUGGGUUACCAGGACGAGGGCGUUUUGGUGGUUGAAAAGCCUCACAGCUGCAGCCAGUGCUCCAAAAGCUUUACCACAAUCAAGGGCUUUAAAAACCACAGCUGCUUUAAGCAGGGGGAGAACGUCUAUCUGUGCCCAGACUGCGGGAAGGCCUUUGGCUGGUUUAACAGCCUCAAGCAACACCAGCGCAUCCACACGGGUGAAAAACCGUACACAUGUCAGCAGUGCGGGAAGAGUUUUGUGCACUCCGGUCAACUGAACGUGCACCUCCGCACGCACACGGGCGAAAAACCCUUCCUGUGCGCGCAGUGUGGGGAGAGUUUCAGGCAGUCGGGAGACCUGAGGCGGCACGAGCAGAAGCAUACUGGAGUUCGGCCGUGCCAGUGCCCCGAUUGUGGGAAAAGCUUCAGUCGGCCACAGAGUCUCAAAGCUCACCAACAGCUUCACCAAGGCACCAAGCUGUUUCCCUGUACGCAGUGUGGGAAAAGCUUUACCCGGCGAUACCAUCUCACCCGACACCACCAGAAAAUGCACUCCUAGCUACAGUAGUUGUGACUGUGAGAUGUUAAUAAACUUAUGUCACGUGAAAAGUUGAGUUUUUCUACUUGGAGAACAUCUUUAUUAACAAAAAAAUUAUCAUUUUAUAAAUGAGACUGGUCUGGUUAAACUGAUGAAAGUGUAAGGACUGGAUUAUUAGGCGUAAUCGGGUCAAUGAGUCAGAACUAUAUUUUAUUAUUGACAAAAUGCCUAGUUGUUAAACAUGUUUCUGUUUCUAUAAUAGUAACAUCAUUUUAGAAAUAUUUAACCUUCAGCAUGUUUUCCAGUGUUUAUGAAAUAAGUUUUUUUUCCAACAUUAUUGCAGAAGUAAAAUAUCUUUCUGUUUUGGCAGUGACGAUUGUAUGCAAUUGUCAAUCUCAAAAAUUUACGUUGAGAACCUUACAAUGGAAAAUAAAUCUAUAAAGAUGUCCCAUGUGAAUUUUUCUCAUGCAAAGAAACAAAAUAUUUCAUGCCAGGUAUUCGAAUACGGACUUUGCAUACAUGCAUGAAAUUUCAUGCAUUGUUCAAAUGUAUUUUUUACAGUUUACCUGGUCUUGUGCUUCUUGUUUUUUCUAGUUUGCAGUUUGUUCAUUUACAAACUUUGAAUCUGAUGAUACAUUAAGGAAUUUUAUGAUCAAAUAUUAGCGGGUAUAAAGUUAUGAUUGUGCACAAAUAACUGAUUUCCCAAUAAUUUGCACUGAUUGUAACAUUACAAAAUAUGCACCAUGCAACCGAUUUCAUAAAUCUGCUCUAUCACAUUUUUUUAGUCGGCCUACUAAUUUAUAAAAGGUGCGUUUAUGAUAUAUGGUUGCCAUCAGUUGUCUCAGGCGUAGCUAUUAUUUUAUAAAAUACAUUUUUGAAAACAAAGAGCGAGUUGGAAAAACAUCUACAUCCCCAAGAAAAGAAUGACAAUUGUUGGCUAUUAUUUUAAACAGGCAAAUACUUUUUAUAUUUUAAAACAAUAAAUCAUGGUCUAAAUAAAUUAGAUUCAUAAUGUGAUAUUCUACUGUAUAAACUGUAUCAGUGAUAUUUCAAUAGAAAUAAACGUACAGUCUAAUGUAGGAACAUUUGUUUAUGAAUAAGUAUGAAAAAUGCAAAAGAAUCUCAGUUUUCCUGCAGUUUUUAAAUAUUUAAUUCAGUUUAAUACUGAUAAGUGGGCUGGAGCAUCAUAUUUAAAAUAUUACAAUCUGACACCCAUGUUUGUGAAUGAUAAUUUUAAAUCUGUAAUAUCCUGUGUAAACUGGAGGUGUAAAGUCUCUGUUCAUAAAUCAAAAAUCUACACCCAUGUGCAUGCAGUUAGUUUAUCUCUCCCUCAUGUGGUUGCCUGUGUACCUGUGCUCGGGCUUAGUGACAUUCAAACUUAAUUUAAAAUGAUGACUGAUGUGUUUUGCACAGAAAUAACUAUAUAAAUGUCUUUGUUCUGUCAGAAGCCCCAUUAACUCCCAUAGUAGGAUAAAGUCAAUGGGGCCUCUGAUGGGUUUGGAUACAAACAAUCCUCAAAAUAUCUUCCUUUGUGUUCAUCACAACAAAGACAUUAAUACGGGUUUAUAACAACAUGAGAGUGAGUAAAUGAGGACUGCAUUUUUAUUUUGCCUGAACUAUCCCUUUAAAUUUCUUUGAUCCAUUUAAAUUACAGUUAACUUUUUUAUAAUUUAAAGCAACUCCUCACUAGUCAAGAAAGUUGAAAUAAAUUGUAAAUUCAAGUUGAAUAAACCUUAAAAUGUUAGUGCAACAAUGAAUUUUUUACAGC